UAGUCUCUAUCAAUCUUUGGUCAUGGAUCGUUGGCAAAAUCGUGUUGCAGUUGUUACCGGAGCAAGUAGUGGAAUCGGUGAAGCGAUUGUUAAGGAUUUGGUCAAAGCAGGACUAAGAGUUGUAGCCUUGGCUCGUCGACAAGAUCGUCUGGAGAAAAUUCAUUCCGAAUUGCCAGCUGAUCUUCAAGAGCGUUUCUUCGCCAAAAAAUGUGAUGUGACAAAAGAAGAUGAAGUCAAGGAAACCUUCGAUUGGAUUGAAGAAAACCUUGGAGGUACUGAUAUACUUGUCAAUAAUGCCGGCACAACUCGACCUGGAAAUUUGGUAGAAUUGGAUACAUCAAUAAUGGACGAAGUUCUCAAUAUAAAUGUUAAGGGUUUGAUUUAUUGCACUCAAGCUGCAUAUAAAAGUAUGAAAGGGAGAAACUUUGAUGGUCACAUUGUGCAUAUAAAUAGUAUUGCUGGACAUAACGUACCUCAAACAAGACCUGGUUUGAGUUAUAAUAUCUAUGCACCAACUAAAUUUGCUGUGACUGCAAUUAAUGAAGUAAUGCGUAACGAACUCAGGAAUUUGGGAACGAAAAUCAAAACAACUAGCGUUAGCCCUGGUUUAGUUCGUACGGAAAUUAUUCCCGAUGAGCUGUACAAUGAAAUUGGAAUAUACUUGAAUGCAGAAGAUAUAUCACAGGCUGUAAUGUUUGCUAUCUCUACACCUCCUCAUGUCCAGAUUCAUGAAAUCGUUGUCAAACCAGUUGGAGAAAUGUUUUGAUUAAAAAUAAAUACAAGGCAAAUUAUGCCGAUC